AUGCAGAUCUUCGUCAAGACCCUUACGGGCAAAACCAUCACCCUUGAGGUGGAGUCUUCGGACACCAUCGACAAUGUCAAGUCCAAGAUUCAGGACAAGGAGGGUAUCCCCCCGGACCAGCAACGUCUGAUCUUCGCCGGCAAGCAGCUCGAGGACGGCCGCACUCUUUCUGACUACAACAUCCAGAAGGAGUCCACCCUCCACUUGGUGCUCCGUCUGCGUGGUGGUGGUAAGAAGCGCAAGAAGAAGGUCUACACCACCCCCAAGAAGAUCAAGCACAAGCGCAAGAAGACCAAGCUCGCUGUGCUCAAGUACUACAAGGUCGACGGUGACGGAAAGAUUGAGCGUCUCCGCCGUGAAUGCCCUUCCGCCGAGUGCGGUGCCGGUGUCUUCAUGGCUGCUAUGCACAACCGUCAAUACUGCGGCAAGUGCCACCUUACCUACGUUUUCGAUGAGUCCAAGUAA